AUGCUGUCGAGGUUCUUCGUCCUCUUGCCCCUGGUGCUGUCCAUGGUGGCCUUUAUCCUCUCAAUGCUCUGCCUUUUUGCUGGUCACAAGGAAGGGUUUAUGGAAGAAUACUCUGUUGCACGGCUCAACACUUCAAUGAUUGGCCAUAACGUUCUCGACACUGACAGCGACGCUUCUUCUAAUAACAACGAUGAAGAUGAUGGCUUCUUUGGCAAGGUCACCGACAAGUGGAACGAAGUUAAGGACGAUGUCAAGGGAAAGAUCAACGACAUCACUGGUGACGUUGCAGACAAGCUGGCCGACACUAUUGGUAUUUCGGAGUGGUACUCCAUUCAUGUCAUGGCUACAUGUGAUGGACAGUACAAGCCCAAUGCUACGACUCCUGGUGCUGGAUAUAACGUCACAAACUGCACCAACUCUGCCCCCGAGAAACGCUUCAACCUCACCGAGAUGCUCGACAAGCAACUCGAAGUUGGACCUUUCCAGAUGAACCUUGCUGACAUUAACUGGCCCGAUGACAUCCAAGAUUCUAUCGAUCUUCUCAACACGGCUCUCCUGGUCACAUUCGUCUUCUACGUCCUCGCAGUGGGUUUCUCCGGCCUCGCCAUGAUCGCGAGCGCCGGCGCAUUCUUCCUCUUCGCUCGACGCGGCGUCAACGCCGUCAACGUCAUUCUUUCGGGUCUCGCCGCACUUGUGCUCCUCAUCGCCAGCAUUCUCGUCACUGUGGCUGGCAAGAAGGGUGUAAACAAGAUAAACGACGUCGGCGAUGAUGUUGGACUGUCGGCGUCUGUUGGAAAUAAGUUCCUGGCGCUGACUUGGGCUGCUGCUGCUCUUAUGAUUAUCGCAGCUAUCUACUGGGUCAUGCACUUGUGUCUUAUGCGACGUGAGAGGAAGAGACAGUGGAAGCCACGAAAGGGGAGCUACUAG